AUUAUUUUCAAAAUGGAACGGGAUCGUACGAAAGAGGAGUAUGAGCUGCAGCAUUUUAACUUCACUGCCGAGGAGAUUGUGGCGCAGAACGAGCAGCUGAUUAAAUCGGCGUUGCACAAAACGAUGUGUGCCUUCACGGAGCAGCUGGUCGAGAAGCGGCGCAUACCGGAACCGGAGGCCGACGAACUGCGUUCGAAAAUUGUCGAAACGUGCAACGAAAUCCAGAAGGACUGUCAGCCCGCCAUCGACGCACUGAGCGCGCUGUACCGCGAGACAUUCUCCAUUCCGGAGUGGCUGCUGCUACCGACGGAUCUGCUGCAUAAGAACGAGACGACGGAACAGGAGCUGGAAGAGCUGCAGCGAAAGGUGAACGAAGCAAAGGAGGCCGUUGACCGGGGAGCCGUAUUCCUGGCGUCGCUCGAAGCGGAGCUCGAGGUACACCGGGCGCUCGAACCGUGCCUCCAAACGGAACGGCAGACUAUCGCAGAGUUCGAGCAGAGUCAGCGAGAGGCCAUCAAUACGGACGAGCUGCUCCAUCUGGUGAAACGGGUCGAAAAGGCCGGUUUGCUGGAGGACGCGGACGCGGCGACGGAUUCUACAAUCGAUAACAUUUUAUUACAAAAAUAA